AGCAGCAUUUCUCUUGAGAGCAAUUUUUAAACAAAAAAAAAACAUCAUCGGGAGUUUCUAGUUUCUGCCAAGCAGCCUCCAGCUCUCUGGGAACCGCCACCCCCAUUUGCGGUGGAGGGGCGGCGUAAUCAACAAACUGCACUCUCUCAUCUUCCUGAAAGCAGCGGAGCACUUUAUAAAUAGUCUCACCGAUACUUUGCGCCAGAACCCACCGGCCGCGCCGGCCCAGUAGAAACCCGGUUUAAAGCUACAUGACCGGCCACUCCUUUAAGGGCACAAGAGACGAGACAUGGCCACCGAGAGAAUAGCAAUGAACGGGGAUGCUGACCGAGGCGACGAGGCGGAGGACUCCCGGCAGGGUGGCAGGAUCAUGCGGCGGCACAGACCCCUGAACAUGAACCAUUAUGCCAACAAGAAGAGCGCUGCAGAGAGCAUGCUGGACAUUGCUCUGCUGAUGGCAAACGCCUCCCAGCUGAAGGCUGUGCUCGAUCAAGGACCUAACUUCGGUUUAUACGUUCCCCUCAUCACUCUCAUCAGCAUCUCUCUCAUCUUACAGGUUCUGGUGGGAGUUAUGCUCAUCUUUAUUGUGAAGUGGAAUCUGAAUGAUGAAAGCAUGCACUACAAGCUGGACAUCUUGGAGAACGUUACCACAGCCUUCGUCUUUGUCAUAGUGGUCAUCAACGUCUUCAUCACAGCCUUUGGCGUCCAGCUCCCCAGCCCAGGAGUUUCACCUUCUUGACGUGACCGCUGCUCAUCAAGACAUUGCUGUUUUUAUUAUUUACCAGAUUAUAUGGCCAUUUAAUUUCAUCAGUCUUGAGUGGGUGUGUUUUUUCUCUAACUGAGGCAGCAACUGGGCCAAAAUAGAUGAUUGGGUCCUAUUUUCUCACCAGUUUGUUGUUGGUGCAAAAUGAUAACAAAAACCCACCAAACUUUGAAAAAAAAACAAAAAAAAAAACACAAUUGUUGCUUUUUCCUGUCAUAUUAAGUUGUUUUUGUACUAUUUGUAUCUAUGCCUCCUGUUUUAUUAUUGAAGGACUGUAUGGCGACAGCAAAGUCUAAAGAAAAUGUAUAAUCAGCCCAGAAGUUUUAAUGCAUUACUGGAGCUUCACUGAGGAAGACGUGUUGUUUACAGUUUCAACUUGUUGAUAAAUUAAGGGGAUUUUACUUGGUUUUUUAAGUGCUGUUUAAACUGCAAUAUAUCAACUGUCUUCCAAGUACAUUAGGUCAGUGCUUCCUUUACUUUUCAGCGUCUGAUCAACAAAACAACAGAGGCCUAAAAGUCCAACCGUGGGUUGAGUUUACAUUCAAUCAACAGAGAAUGCCUUGUUUUUUAUUUAUUUGUAAAUUGUUUUAAGUCUUUUUUAUCUCUUUUAAUAGCUGGGACAUGAAUAAAGUUCACCGUUACCAUAUUUGUCACUUAGUUUCAGGAGAGAUCCUCAAGACCCAACACUGAUUGUUUGGUGGCCUCAACUUUGGGAACCUGUACAAAAAAUAAAUAUAUAUUUGCAUUUA